CUUUGGCAACGUACACUGGUAAAUUCUGGCUCCUUCUCAGGCUUAAGUUGGCCACCCCUGCUCUGAGUCCACCUUGCCGCAGUGGCUAUUGCCAAUCAUCAUCUAGCCCCCUCUCACUAGGGCAGACUGCAGUCUGUAAAGGCCACUCAUCAUUGGCAAGGGAUCAGACCAGCUCCUUCUGUAGCUCUAGUACCUUUUUGGGCCUUUAACAAGGCCUGCAGCCUGGGGGUUUAACCAGGCUGGGGCUCCGCAGCUCCCUUUGCCCUUCCCCAGCACUGCGCUACUUCCGGUACCUUGCUCCCAGACAACUAGCCCUUCUCACUCCAGGGCUAGAGUGAGACUCCUUCAGCUCUUGGCCCCCAGCCCUCUUAUCAGAGCUAGCUGGGCCCUGAUUGAGCUGGCCACACCUGUGGUCAGCUGCUCUCACUGCUUUUCCCAGCCACAGCCCUCUCCAGGGUUGCUUUUAACCCCUGCCUACUGGAGUGGGGCAGAUGCCCCACUCCAGUACUAUAUACAGAAUACCUGAUGAUUUCAGAUGAUUGGCCAGGCUACAGUUUGGAUUUAUUCACAUAUCCACAACACUACUGUGGAGAUCUGGAAUAUGUGCUCAUACCUCAUGGUAUUAUUGUUGACAGGACAGAAUGCUUGGCCAAAGGCAUCAUGCAAGACAUUGGAGACAAUAACAUUGUGGUUCUCUGUGUACUUAAAGGUGGCUACAAGUUUUGUGCUGACCUUGUGGAGCACAUUAAGACUCUCAGUAGAAAUUCAGAAAGGUCUGUCUCCAUGAAAGUUGACUUUGUCAGACUGAAAAGUUACCAUAAUGAUCAGUCUACACAAGAUAUGCAGAUAAUAGGAGGAGAUGAUCUUUCAAAGCUGACUGGAAAGAGUGUGUUAAUCGUGGAGGAUAUUAUUGGAACUGGGAGGACUAUGAAGGCUCUGCUUAAUAACAUAGAAAAAUACAAGCCAAAGAUGAUUAAGGUGGCAAGUUUGUUGGUGAAAAGAACAUCCCAACCUGAUGGGUACAGACCUGACUAUUAUGGAUUUGAAAUUCCAAAUUUAUUUGUGGUAGGUUAUGCCUUAGACUACAACGAGCACUUCAGAGAUCUAAAUCACAUAUGUGUUAUCAAUGACAACAGCAAAGGAAAAUACAAAGUCUGAAGUAGUAGCAUCCUAGCCUGAAGAUCUGUAAAUUCAGUGAACUAGAAAUUGGACUACAAUCCUUGAAACAUCUCCCUGAAAACUAAUUUAGUAGACUUAUGUUUCUUUCAUCUCAGUAUAAAAAGUGGUUUCCUCUAAGGAUAUUGACUUUGGUAUUCAAAAGUGAGUGCUCUUCUCUAAAUAUGAAGCAUUGGGCUUUUAAAUUACAACAUACUGUGUCUUGUGACUAAUAACUUAUCUUCCUACAAAUUUGUGAAUGCACCUUUUCUACGUUUAGUCAGUCACACUAAAUCAUUUGUCAUUUUUACAGUUUGUAUACCUUGGAAUGUCAUAUACAGUUGCUC